UUUAAACGAAAUAUGUAAAAGUAAUAUAAGUCAACGAUCACAAAAUAAAUUAGUUAAAUCAGAUGAUAUAAAUGAGAUCGAAUAUUUACCACCAACUAAUACUUCAGGUCUUCUUGAUAGUGUUCGAGCUGCAAUUUACUUGUCAUUAGAUGAAUUGUGGUGUGUUCUAAAUGAUAUAGCUUUAGUUGCAACAAUCCUGGAUCCUAGGAUGAAAGACAAUUUACAGUUACAAGAUCAAAGCCAAACAUCUAAUAUAACUACUUUUAGUAAAAAUGAUACUUUAGGAGAUGAUGAUUUUUUUACUGAAGUUUUUAAUGUGGGAGGAUCAAAUAAUGAUAUAACAGAAUUUGAAGAAGACAAAGUAUCACAAUAUCUUAAAUAUCCUGAAGCUAAACCUAAUGAAGAUCCACUUAUUUGGUGA